UGACCAUUAAUUGUAUGAAUAGUCGGUUUGAUUAGUGGGAGAGAGGUCUCUAAUCCCUAUUAUAAAACCUCUUCUAUCUCCACAUGGUCACUAUGGAAUCAGUUUUACAUUAUUUAAUGCAUAAAAAGAUUACAGAGAGACAAAGCCAAACACUUGGCCACGUUGGUAUUGCUAAGUACUAGUUCCGCAAUAUCUGCUGUCUUAAAGGUAACCGUAAGUGUAUAAAAUCUUUUUCUCUGAUUUCAACAACAAUCUAAAAAAACUUUGCAUCUUCCUCUGCUUUCUCCUUUGCAACCCUUUUACAUCUUCUUCUUCUUGUCAGGUUCUCUUUUCUUGUCUUUUUCUGUGUAUAAGUAUUUCGAAUUGUCAUGUUUCUGACAAAAUCUGACACACCAAAUCUCUAUUAUUUGUCUUUUACCAUUGGCCCAUGAUUGUCUCUCUUGUGUGUUUCCAGCUUUCUUAUAGGGUACAUUGAUUUUUCCAGCCAUGGAUUAUGAUCUGGUAACAUACAAAAACAAAAAGAAAGAAGCGUUUGUCUUUUUUUUUAUAUACCAAUUAACAAAGAAUCUAUUCUCAUUCUUGAUUCUGUGGUUUUGCUAGGUUCGUUCCAAGAAGAGUAUCAAGCGAGCAGAAUCCACCAAAAACUCCAAAUGGCUCGAGAAUAACCUCGAUGAGAUGAACAAGAGGGUGAAACUGAUGGUGAAGUUGAUAGAAGAAGAUGCAGACUCAUUUGCCAAGAAGGCAGAGAUGUAUUACCAAAAGAGACCUGAACUUAUCACCCUUGUCGAUGAGUUUCACCGUAUGUACCGUUCUCUAGCCGAGCGUUACGAGAACAUAACCGGAGAUUUGAGAAAAACCUCUCCUCCAGAGCUUCAGUCACAAAGCUCAGGCUUCUCUGACAUCUCCUCCUCUGAUCUCACCACUGAGCUUAACAGAUUAAGCCGUCCUCCUUCCCGCCGUGCUCCCGGUUUUGACUACUUCCUUGGCUCUGGUGUAGGACUUCCCUCUGAUAUUUACAACAAAGACGGAGAUGAUUCUGCUUCUGUUACAGACUCUGAGCUGGAGUCUGAUGAUUCUUCUGUGAUUAAUAACCCUUGUUAUGUGAGUGUUGGCUCUGACUUUCAGUCUUUGAGCAAGAGGGUUGCUGAUCUUGAGGCUGAGCUCCGUGAAGCCAAAGAGAGACUCAGAAUGAGAGAUGCUUGUGAGCAAGAACUGAGAGAUGCAAACGAGAAGUUACAGAACUCAGAAGACCAAAUCUUUAUGUUAAAGAGUCAGCUCGCUAGAUACUUGCCAUCAGAGUUGGAUGAUGAAGAGACAGAAGCAGCAGCAGCUUCCACACAAGACAUGGACAUUCAGUCUCUCUCUGAAGAGCUGAGAGUUACAGGCCUGAGGCUUAGGGAGGCAGAAAGAGAAAACGGUAACAUGAGAAAAGAAGUUGAGAAGCUCAAGAGCCUCCAAAGCCUGCUUGACUCGGCGCAGAAAGAAACUGCAGCAUGGAAAAGCAAGUCUAGCGCAGAUAGAAGAGAGGUGGUUAAGGUGCUUGAUAGAGUCUCCAUGUUGAAAUCUAGUUUAGCUGGUAGAGAUCAUGAGAUCAGGGAUCUGAAGAUAGCUUUGUCUGACGCAGAAGAGAAGAUCUUCCCCGAGAAGGCACAGGUCAUAGCCGAGAUAUCAAUGCUCUUGGAGGAGAAAACACAUCGUGAUGAGCAGUUCAGGGAGCUGGAGGCUCAUGUGCGUCAUCUUGAAGAAGAGAUAAGAAGAGUGAGCAAUGAGAAAAUGGAAGAGGAGGAAAGGAUGAAGACAGAAAUCGAGGUGCUGACAAUGGAGAAGGCACAGGUUAUAGCCGAUAUAUCAAAGCUCUUAGAGGAGAAAACACACCGUGAUGAGCAGUUCAAGGAGCUGGAAGCUCAUGUGCGUUAUCUUGAAGAGAAGAUAAGAAGAGUUAACAAUGAGAAAAUGGAAGAGGAGGAAAGGCUGAAGGGAGAAAUAGAGGUGCUGACAAUGGAGAAGGCAGAGAAAGAGAGAUGCAUAGAGACGGUAACCAAAAAAGUGAGUGAGCUAGAAUCAGAGAUGAGUCAGCUUGGAGAUGAAAUGAAAGCAAAAGACAGAAAGACAAUAGAGAUGGAAGAGGAGAUGGAGAAGCAGAGGAGGGAGCUAGAGGAAGUAUCAGAAGAGAAAAGGGAAGUGAUAAGACAACUCUGUUUCUCUCUGGACUAUUGCAAAGAUGAGUGCAAGAGACUACGUGAUGCAUUUCCAGGGGAUCAACCAAUAAGACCAUCCUCCAUUGUCGCUUCUUGAUUUUGAUGUAUAGCAUUUAUAAAUUCUUUGUAACUUUGUUUGUGUUACUCUUCCACAUAUAUAGCACUUUUUGGUUUGGUG